AAAGAACACACCUCCCACUUACAGCAUGCCGCUGCAGGAAAACACAACAAUGGACAAACUGUCCACGGACAGACUGACUCACAGAUUAUAUCCAUCACUGCCCAGCGUCGACAGCUAUGACCGGCGUGUUGGUGAGAAGCUUCCUGUGGUGGAGCUUCGUCCUGAGAGGCUGCACGAGGACAAACAGUCGAACGUGUGCGUUGCCGGCGGCGACCACCGACUGGAAGCUCAGAUGCUGAUUCUGGUGGAGCAGAGGAAAGAGCUUAUUUCUAUUAACGACAAAUGGGCAAAAGAAUAUCAGACCAUGGUACGGUUCUACAAAGAGAAGGUCCGACUUUUAAAAGCAUCACUGCAACAAAACCCCAGUCCCGUUGAAGAAGGCCUGUGUGAAGAAGGAGAGAAACACGUCACUUUAUGUAAAAAACAAAAACUCAAGACGCCCGAUAACAAAGACGACAAACAGACGUGCGACGAAGCUGACGUCAACUCUGAGCUGCUGAAAGUGGAAAAGGAGGCGCAGGAGCUGCGAGGGCAGAACUGCACGCUGACCAGGAGGGGGCAGCACCAGAGCGAGGAGAUCAAGCGACUGAACAAGGCACUAGAGCAGGCUUUUUUGAUGUCUCCACCUGUGGAAGGAGAAAGUGAAACACUCCAGGACGUCUGGAAACAUCAGGCGGAGGUUUACAGAGAAGACUUUCUGACGGAGCGCAAAGACAGAGAGAAUCUGAAAGGAAAAUAUCUGGAGCUGGAGAAUCGGUUUAGAAACGUUCGCUCUGAGCUGCGUGUCCUUAAAACUCAGGUGACCUGGACUCAGACGCCGCAGCCCGGGCUUGAACGAGUCGGCUCAAAUCGAGUCAAACUUCCAAACCAGCCACUGAACCAGAAGUACCUGCAGAUUCAGCGGGGACAGAUCUCUUGAAAAACAACUUUCCUCUUUUUGUGUGGUCACGUUUUUUCUGCACUUUAUGGAGGAGGAUGGGUGAGACUGUGGGAGGAUGCACGAGUCCGGGCCUCAUUCCGUGACCUGUUUGGAGAGGAAUGAAAUAAACAUUUCCCCAAGAGGAGAGAAGAAGGAAGAGCGAAAUAAAACCCUCCGAGCCUGAGAAGUGCAGAUAUGAACCCUGCUGCGUUUACACAGUGUCCUCCUCCUCCUCCUCCACCUUUGUGACACAUGUUCUCAGGGAGAUUUCACUUAUUGCACAAACCAAACACUAUUGACAAGGAUGUUGACACACCCGCACACACACACACUUUACCAAAGGGAAAGUCUUGUUCAGAUUUUCUGCCUAAUUUGCAGUGUAUUCACCUGGGUGUUGUACUCCAGUUUCUGUGAAUCCGUGUUGAUUCAGUAUUAGUAGAUUUGCACCUGAAAGGAAAUCAGAGAAUUUUCAGAGAAGAAUAAGUAGAAAAACACUUAUUUAUGAAAGUUUGAAUGGAUUUUUGUUUUUGAAAUCACAUGUUUUACUGUCUCUUUGUUUAUUUAUCAUAAAUAUAAAUCA